UAAUAGCAUCUAGACUGGAUACGCCUUGCUAGGCUGUAUCUGAAAACUCCAUAUCACAUCACAUGAUUUCGAUAUACAACUAUGAGUAACCAAUAUUUGCACCUCGGAGUUGGCUUGUCUCGUCCAGCUACCGGAUGACCGGUUGAGGUUACUACAGGUUAGCUGUCAUGCAGAGCUACACCCUAUGAUGCAUCGUAAAAAAUAAGGUCCCGAAGAUGUCACACAGUUUCUCCAAACGCCACGCAGUGCACCCGUUACAAAGUGAAACCACUGAAAAGAGCUCGCUGUAGAUAUGACAUGUAUUCAGCGUAAUAUUUUUCUAAACCACUGUUUUCCCAUCAAGACAUGAUCAUACCUGCAUCUGGAAACAAGUGUGGCCCUGCAGAGUACAAAUCUAACACUGGUCAGUGCUGUCCAAUGUGUGGAAAAGGUUUAGUUGUCCGCAAGGACUGUACAUUGGAGUCCAGCACGUCCUGCAUACCCUGUACAGGACAGACCUACAUGAAUGCAGCUAACGGAUUGGACAAGUGCUUUCCCUGCAGUCCUUGUGAUCCAGGACAAGGUCUGUACAUUUUGAUGGCGUGUACUACUACAAGUAACUCUAUUUGUCAUGUUCUAAAUGGAUAUUAUUGUACCAGCUCCUCAGCUGGCAACGAGUGCACCUUUGCGCUAAGACAUACACUUUGCUCUCCUGGACAGAGAGUUAAAGUACCGGGAACAAAGACAACAGAUACCGUGUGUGAGGAGUGUCAGCAUGGUUCUUACUCACAACAUGGUGUGAACUGCACUGCUUGGACUGAUUGUAAAGCCAUUGGACAAUACAAGACUGAAGAUGGAAGUCAAACAAGAGAUGUUGUUUGUGGAAAAUCUGAGGAAUCACUAAGGAAUAGAGCCAUUGUCUUAGUUCCAUCUUCAGUUCUCCUUUUUGUAGUCUUUAUUUUUGUCUUGUUUGUAACUAAAGGUAAAGAAACUAAAGAAAAUCAACUAUCUCCUAAGCUUCCUGUAGAGGAAACGGGUUUUCACGAACGUUCACCAGUGGCGGUCGAAGAGCUUCACAGUGAAACUAUACCUCAACUGUGACAACUGGCCAAGGGCGACAGAGCAAGGACUGACAAGGAAUAUUUUCCACAUUUUGUUACAUUACAGCCUCAUUUCUAAAAUGUAUUCAGUUGUUAGAAAUGUUUGCAAAUGUAUAAAAUAAAAACCUGGAAAUUUUCACAGGUAUUCAGACCCUUUACUCAGUACUUUGUUGAAGCACAUUUGGCAGCUAUUGCAGCCUUGAGUCUUCUUGGGUAUGACACUACAAGCUGUAGUGUCAUACUUAAAAAUCAUACAAUGUGAUUUUCUGGAUUUUUGUUUUAGAUUCCGUCUCUCACAGUUGAAGUGUACCUAUGAUUAAAAAUUACAGACCUCUACAUGCUUUGUAAGUAGGAAAACCUGCAAAAUCGGCAGUAAUAUCAAAUACUUGUUCUCCCCACUGUAUAUUUAAUACAUUUGCAAACAUUUCAUUUGCCAUUAUGGGGUAUUGUGUGAAGAUGAGGAUAAAACUAUUCUAUACAUUUUCAAAUAAGGCUGUAAUGUAACAAAAUGUGGGAAAAUAUUUUCAGAAGGCACUGCAUGUUUCCAUUAACUUGUCCAGUGAUAAUAUUUUUGGGUUGACAUUUAGAAAGUAGAUGUGAGACAAUUGCUUUGCUACAGUGUGUUUCCAUUGAACUGUCAUGUCGAUAAAAACAGCUGGAUGUAAUGACAUCACAUCUUUCGCUAAAACUAAUAAAAAACAGUGGUUCCAUUAUCCAUUUAAGCAAAUUGCGCAUUAAUGCGACAGCCUGUAUGCCAUCCCACUUAGGUAGCCUGUGUUGUGUUCAGUAAUAUGGUAUGAUAGCUCAGUUAAGUAUUGAAUACUGUUGCUUUAAUAAUGUAUCAGGCACUGAGGUGUGAGGAUUGGAUGAGUGAGUUUUCUACGAGUUGUUUAUCUGAAGUAAAGACGUUCAGUUUAAUUGCGCAACAAGCCGCCGUGCAUUUGUAACAGCCUGCAAAAGC